AUAAUAACAAAGAAAUCUGUUCUAUUUGCUAAGCUUUGUGUGCGGAAACCAAUGGUUAACGGUUCAAAAAUGACGUAAAGUCCCUCAACUAUGGCGACCCCCCAAAGGCCCUAAUCCACCACCUGAUAUUUUUAAUCCACCUUGCACUGCACCUCUUAAUCAAGGUGUGUUUAUGAAGGAGGUGAAUUGUUAGCGCGUUUUCCGGGCGCCAUCAUUGAGUAUUGUUAUGUCAAAUCGCAUACAAUUUUCUAUACCCCCCUCCAGCCCUCCCCGACUUUAAUACCGGAGCCCCCAGUAUUGUUAUGUCAAGUCGUGAAAUGUCAAUUUGCUCUUAAUCAAGGUGUAUGGAUAUUAGGAGGUGAAGUGCUUCAGAGCAAAUUGACAUUUCACGACUUGACAUAACAAUACUGGGGGCUCCGGUAUUAAAGUCGGGGAGGGCUGGAGGGGGGUAUAGAAAAUUGUAUGCGAUUUGACAUAACAAUACUCAAUGAUGGCGCCCGGAAAACGCGCUAACAAUUCACCUCCUUCAUAAACACACCUUGGCUCUUAAUAUACAUAUACCUUAUUCGUAAAAUAAGGUAUGCGCAAGGUGUAUGCGCAUCACAAUCGAAUCCACUUCUGUCAUAAGUUCGUCUAAAAUGGCGUUCCCGCCUAAUCUAUAAGCUCACCUCGUCCCUAUACCCACUUUGUUCUUCACUCAGAAAACGCGGCAAUUGUACGCUCUUUUCCAUUGAGCAAAAAACGCACAUUGUGGUAGAUCACGCGUGUGAGGACUAUAUAACCGAGAACCACUAGCAUUAAAAUAAAUCGAGAUGGAAGAAAGUGGAGCCGUAAAGAGGAAAACGAUCGAAUUGUGUACUAAAGUUGAAGAAAAUGUGGAUGAUGCAGCUUCGAAAAAAUUGAAAAGCAUUUCAUCAGCGAAGCAUCCCAUUUCGGCAGAAGGAAAGAUACUUCAACACUCUGAUUCGAUGAACCUGCUGUAUACUGGACCAUCGGAUACAGCGCAACGCAAAGACGUCGUACGGAUUGAAGGCGAAGAAUACGGUCAGACUGUUGCAAAACGAAACGACUCUGACGCACCGAACACUAUGACGCCUUCUCCAGCUAGUGCCAUUUCAAAGAGGAAACAGGUUUUGAAAAAUGGGAUGAAUCCCCAAUUGUACCGUACGAUGAUGUGCCACAGGUUCGUCAGUCAUAUAGAUGCAGCUGCGUUUGCAGUAAAAGGGAACAAUGACUUUGACUCGAUCUUCCGGCAGGAGAAAGAAAACUUGAAUCCGACGCGGGCUAACUCUUCCAUUACCCAUAUACAGCGGAAACGCAUUAGUAAUAACGUCCGGAAACGUGGCCUUAUUGGUCGCUUUUCGCCCGCGUUCAUAAGCAAGAGACGCGUCGAGCUAGAACAGCGCCGCGGCUUGUUACGCUAUCUAAUGGCUAAUCCGUUGAUAGAGUACUCAGGUGAUGUUGAACAGUGGACCACUCCGAAUCCGAUCAAUAUCGGAUCCAAGGUGAGUGUAAUGCUCUAUACGCCCCGGCUGUGGUGCUGCUUCGGGGAAGUUAUCGACAUAGAGUACCGAGAGAUUACAAUGUACAGAGUUCGGUAUGAAUCCGAUGGAAUUGUGCAGGAGCAACUAGUGCCGGACUAUUGCGUAGCGCUGGAAGAGGAAGGCGAAUUGUAGUUUUUCCUCCUUUUAAUAGUUGGACAUGAUAGCUUCAUCGGAGCAACACUUCAUAAGAAACGACAUUCGUUAUAUAAUUUGGAAAAAAACCCGUCAAGGUAUUACCAUACCAUAAGUGUUGAAGAUUUGUGAAACACUGCCAGUGGACACAGCCCAGCUGUCAGGAACAUUCGCACGCCAGUGGACGAAUGUUGCUACUGACUAUGAACUAUAUAUGUCCGAACCGGAAUGCCGUACUUCUGGCUAAUCAGUUGCUGGUAAACUGCCCAGUGGAGUAAUAUUAAUAACACUCUAAUCCACCAAUCCGGCUGAAAUCUAGUGAGGUACAUGUGGGUCAUUUUGUAUCGUCGUUCCAAAAAUUUAGUUAAGAGUUAGCCAUCACAUUCUUUAGAAAUAAGAAGUAAGAAACUGUUUCGAAUCUGUCGAAGGUUUGGUAUGUUAACGUGGUCUGGUUAUUAGAAAGGUUGUGAUGAUAUAUUAUUACAUAGCCACGACAUUCGACUUAGAAAUUAGAAACUCUUUUGAAUUUUUGCCAUAAUGGACACUAACGCUGUCCCGCCAUUAGAAAGGUUGUGAUAACCAUAAUUGCCUUGAGGUUAAGGAGAUGUAAGACAUAAAACUAUUAUUCACUUAAAGAUUGGAACUGUACAUGGUUGAAGAUGUUUUCCGCGCAAAGCAUUCGGUUGCUAUCCUGCCUAGGUUUACUAAACAUAUCUUACAAUAUCCAAUAUUAGCUUUGGUAUGUUCCUCGACCGAUGGUUAGGCUUUGAACGGUUUUAUUUUUUUUUAAUAGAUGAAUUUCAUUUUUAACAUUAGUAAUACAUUUGGUUGUUACCCUGCCUAGUUUUAUUAAACAUAUCUAACAAUAUCCUAUAUUAGCUAAGGUAUGUUCCUCGACGGACGGUUAGGCUUGAACGGUUUCAAAAAUUAAUUGAAAAAUAGAUUUCAUUUCAGAUAGAUAGAAUUUCAUUUUUAACGCUAGUAAAAGAUUUGGUUGUUACCCUGCCUAGGUUUACAAAAUAUAUCUAAAACCAUCCUUGAUUAGCUUUGGCAUGUUCCUCAACUGUCGGUUAGGCCUGAACGGUUUCAAAAUUUCUACUUAAAAACUAAAUGAAUUUCAUCUUUAGCACCUGUAAAACAUUCGGUUGUUACCCUGCCUAGGUUUACUAAACAUAUCUUAAAACAUACUAGAUUAGCUCUUAGCAUGUUCUUCAACUGACGGUUAGGCCGUAAAGAGUUCAGAAUUUGAUGUUAAAACAAGAAAUAAAUGAAUUUCAUCUUUAUCAUAACCAAUUGACUUUUUUUCUAUUGUGAACUUAUUUGUGGAAUCUUCUGUGAUUCGAUUUCUUUUGCACUUCUCGAAUCUGAAAAAAAUUUUAACGUGUGUGAAAUGGUUGUUACACAUCAGGUGUCAUAUCUGUGUAGAUUACCUCAUGCUUAACGAGUUUUACACAAGGCUGUUGCUAAAAGUGUCACAUCCUCUACUAUCUCUAGCACUAAAGCCCGCGUUAGAGCCCCGGUGGAAUUGAACGUGAAUUUUUGGGUUUUUCUGUUAUAUUUCAAUAAUUUUUUAUGAGAAUAUGGCUUAUCGUUCACCAAAACAAAUGAUAUUCAAUUCCCCAACUUUCUAGACUAUACAAAACAUUGAAUUAAUAAAUUAAUUAAAUUAAUGCAUUUAUUUCCUUGUGAUUCUCCGCUUUGUUCACGGUGAAAAAAUAAUGGUCAUCGGGGAAUGAUAAGGAAAUGCAUUUAAUGAAUUAUUUAAGCAGGUUUUACAGUCUCAAUAGUUGGGGAAUUGAAUAUCCUUUCUUUUGGUAUACGAUGAGCCAUAUUCUGAUGAAUAUUCAAUGAAACAUAGCCAAAAACCCAAAAUUUCACGUUCACUUUCACGCAAGGUCUAACGCCUUAAGAUGUGGUCGCGUCUAAUAAGAUUUAGAUGAACUGUUUCCCUAAGAUUAAUAUUUUCAUAGUUCCAUAAUAUGCCACACGUGUUUUGUCAUCUGCAAGAUGCAUUCAUCCGUAAGACAAAUUGCUCUCGAAAGUUGCGUGUGUGAAUUCUUUCAAAUACUCUAAGGUGUAUUUUUCAAAGGCAUAUUUUAUCUAGUGGUUGAACGAGUGGUUAAAGGACCAACAGCUCAGAGAGAAAUGUAUCUUAGGGAAAAUAUAUCAUCGCGUAGCAAUACGAGCAGCCACUAUAUAAAAAUAUGAUCUCCUUGAACAGUAAAAUAUAAAAUUUGUAUGAGCUGCCAUUUCAAAACAAAAAUCUUUUUUCGUGAACACAGCUAAGACCAUUAGUAGAGAAUACUGAAUUAACAAUAAAUAUGUUGUUUUUGAUAUUCAUCAAAAGUGGAUAAAAUAUGAUAAUUGAUAUGUCGCAGGGAAUAUAUGUUGAGAAAAACACAACUGCUUUAUUCCUUAGUUCAGAAUGGAAUCGCCUUUAUUCACUCAAUGUGUACUCUGAUCGAGUCUUGCAAUGUUACUGCGUUAUGCGUGUUACUAUGCAACAAUAAUAAUGUACCUAGGCUUGAUGGCCGGGUGCUGAAGGGUUAAAGACACCAUUAAAAGAAUUUUAAACGAGUUUAUGUAAAUAACACGAAACAGAGGGUGUGAAUCAAUAGAAGGAAAAUUUAGAAGAAGAAAAAAAAACACAGAGCGUUAAGCGUUCAUUUAGUAGCAACAGCGUCUGCCGAAGAUUUUUGUUUUCGGAUACCGUUGCUGCUUUUCGGAUGUGAAAAUCCAAUUUGAUUUUCUUUUUCCAGUUCAAUUAAUCGCCUAGGGCGGGUAAACAGACCACCGAUAUUUUGCAAUCUCGCAGCUUUAUGCAACCAAUCAAUAAUUUAAUUAUUUUUGCUUCCCUGCAAACAAUCUCUCUGUCCCCACACACGCUCGUGGUCACACUGAGUGAGUGUGUGAUUUUUUUCGUCCGUUCGUUGAGUACAUUAUACUUAUAUCAUUAAUUAGCCCGUUGUGUUUUCUUGUUUUAGUUUAUUAAUCGUACACUGUUUCCGCUGUGCUUCUGCUUUAAAUUAUGUUUGGUGUGAGGAGCUGACCUGGGGUUGGGAAAUCUUCGCUUCGCGUUAACGAGAACCGAACGCACCUGGCCAUCUUUCGGCCAGUUCGUUUUACAAUCCGAGCUUUCCGUUUGCUGCCUGUAACUGCAAUUGCGACUAUUCUGGGAAUUCUGCACGUGUGUGGUAGGUGGAAGUAGGGAAGGUGUGUCUUAUUGUCUGUUUUAAUCCUGCACCGUCCUAUUUUAUGCUCAAUGUUUCCUGCUUGUUUUCGGGGGCUUUUGAUUUUGAAAUAGAGCGUUUGCGUUCCAUUCUUUAUUCGCCUAGCUUACUCACUCUCUGCCUGUUUCCAUCUCUCGCUUUCUAGUUUUCUGUAAAUCGUUCCUACGUCUUAAAACUCAUUUUAAUCACAACAACAACAACAAGAAUAAUGUCGGCAAUAAACCCAGACGCCACUAACAGUAAUAAAAUUAAACAAACAAAAAAAAUUAGCAAAAACAAACAAGGCAAUGCGUUUUCCUUUUUCUCCUCCUCGUGAAUUGGGAACCAAACUACACGUCAGCAGCACAUGACGCAUCCUUUCCAAUACCUGCAGUAAAUAAUUAACCUCCGUUCGCUGUGUGGGGUACGCGUUUGUUUAGGAUUUGUUUUUGUUUUUUUUUUUUUAGAAAA